GAAUGUAUAGUUAAAAACUAAUUAUAUAAUUAAACUUUGAAAAUAGGUUUAGAAUACAUAUGUACAUUGAACUAACGUUAGUUCAGUACAGCUUCUAGUUCUACAAAGAAUUGAGAUGUCUAUGGGAAGGAGUUCAAGACCAUAUUUUGAACAUGAUGACAGAGACACCAGGACAGUGCAAAUGGACAGGCGAAGAAAAUUCAACAAAAGAAAUUUUAGACAUAACAGGCACUACGGUGAUGAAGGUGGUUCACGCAAUAGGAGAGUUGAUUACGAUGGAGAUAUAGACAUGGUUGGAGUCUCAAAAAGAUCAAAAGAUGAACGAUUCAAGCCUUAUCAAAUGGGUUCUAAUUUCAAGAAAAAUAAAGAUUCAAGAAAGAAAAACAGGGGGAAAGGUGGUGGUAAUGCUGCAUCUAGUUACAGGAGAGCACUACCACUCAGUAACAUUCAGAGCUCAGAAAAUUCUUGGUUUAAAAUAAAGUUUGGCUAUGUCGGAAAUGCAGCUGUGUUCUAUGUAAAUGAAGUUGAGCAAGCAAAUGGACUAAAGAAAUUGAAUGGAAUUAUCACAACACCUAGUGGUUUUAAGAUGAGCAUAUAUUGCCAAAGGUGCCCUCCUCCUGUUUGUACGUUAAAUGAUGAAACACAGGAAAAAAUCAAGGUGUGCAUGAGCAAUCGUUAUGAUGUAGCACAGAAACUCUUAAACCUAAGCAAUUUUUAUUGUGAUUCAGGUCUGAAAACAGAAGGAAUCUAUGCUCCCCUCAGUAGGUUUAAUAUAUUUAGUGCUGUUGUUCGUAUAAUCAAAGAACACAUUCCAGAGUUAGAGAAACUUGACCUGUCAGGCAACAAAUUGAAUCGCUUAGAACCUCUGUCCAGUCUAGUAUCCACAUGCAAAGAACUGAAAAGCUUGAUCUUAGGGAAUAACUGUUUAAGUACCAUUGGUGAGCUGAAUUUUCUAAAGGGUCUGGAGUUGCAAGAACUCUACUUGGAUGGUAAUCCACUCUGUGACAAGUUUAAAGACCAGUCUUCUUACAUUAGUGCUGUUAGAGAGCGACUCCCGAAGACUAUUAGGCUGGAUGGGAAAGACCUUCCACCUCCAAUAACAUUUGACCUUGAUCAGACGGUAGAACUUCCUAAAGCUCACGGAAGUUACUUCCCCUCUGAUGAUGUGAAGCUGCUCAUAAUCCAGUUUCUUGAACAGUACUAUGUGGUAUAUGACUCGGGGGACAGACAGCAGCUUUUGGAAGCAUACCACGAUCAUGCCAUGUUUUCACUUUUUGUAUCAAAGCAGUCUUCUAGGGAAGCAGGACCAGAUGAGUAUAUUCAUGAAAGUCGAAACCUACUUAGAAUAAAAGACUCAAAUUUCCGAAAUAGACUCUUGAAGUUUGGGCGUUUGGCUGUCGUGUCUGCUCUGUCUGAGCUCCCUGCAUCUCAGCAUGAGCCUAGCUCAUUUACUGUAGAUGUUGGGUUUGUUUUGCCUACAUUGAUGAACUUUACAGUGAGUGGAGUCUUUAGAGGAGUUGGAAAAUCGAAACACAAACAACAGUUGUGGACAUUCAGUAGAGCUUUUGUUGUUGUUCCUCAAGGUCGUGGGUUCUCAGUUGUUAAUGACAACUUAUUCAUUUCUAACGCCUCUCACAGCCAAGUAGAGGCUUACAAGCUAACUCCAACACCAAGCCCCAUUUCUAGUCCAGGUCCCAGCACAGAAAAAUCUCUCAUUGAAAAGAAACAGAUGGUUGAACAAUUCAUGAGACAGACUGGAAUGAAUGAAAGUUUUUCAGCCAAGUGCCUGGAAGAAAAUGAAUGGAACUACCAGAAAUCUGCGCUGGUGUUUAAUGAGUUAAAUAUGAGCAGUCUCAUACCAUCGGAAGCAUUUCAAAAGUGAAAGAAUCGCAUUGUUUCCGUACAGGUUGUCUGUUGGGGGUGUUUAUACCUUGCAGCAUUAUAGUUACUCCGUCAUGUAAAUCAGAUUGUUUAUUAGUGUAAGCCCAGUCAACAUUUGAAACUAAAGUAUUUUUGCAGAGUUUUGAGUACACAGUGGAUCAUAAGAUACUGGGAUUGAGAGUUCUACAUUUGACAUGUAGAACUGUGUAUUCGAAGAAGUAUUGUUGGUAAACAAUAAGGAACAGCUACAUGUACAGAAAAAAUCAGACUUUGAGGAAACAGGUGCGUGCAAGGAAUUUUAAUUGUAGAUCACACAACAAAAGGCAGUUAGGUUUUAAUUCAACUUUGAAUGGAUCUGGGGGAUUGCUAUUGAGAAAAAUGAAGUAAUGUUUCUGAUAAGAGUACAGCUCUCACCUUUAUUGCAGUGAAGUGCAACUGUGUGAAUAAUAAAUGUAAAAUCUAUGUGUUAUAUUUCUGAGUUUUGUAACCAAACAACAAUAAGAAACAGAUAUUGUAAUGUUGAAUGACUUCUGUAAUGCUCUGUAAACACAAACGUUUUUAACUCCAGAAAUACUAACCAACUCUAUUCAGUGGUAGUAUUUCAACCAUAAUUUGUGCUGAACACCUACAGCUGUAUUUAUCAUGUAAAACAAUUGUAAAUGUCAGGUCACCUUUAUUUGUUUGUAAUAGUAUUAACCACUUUAAAAAGAUUACUUUGGAAAUUUGUCAACACUAAGUAUAGAAUGUUAGCGUGGGACAACAAAACUGACAGCAGACAAACUACAGAAAACUUUGUAAUGAAAGAUAUAUGCCAGUUAAUAUGAGAAAGGUGGAAAGUCCACUCUAGCCAGUGAAGAAUAUAUAAAACUGUGUUUAGUUUCAACUUUGGUAUGCUAUUAUUAGUAGGAGUUUAUAAAAAGUAUUUCAUCAUUGGCAGGACUGCAUGGUUAUUGUUAAAUCGUAGAUAUGUAUUUUGUUUUUUUUGUACUUUCACGUAACAUUUAGCCUUAGAAUUGUGUAAUAUCUACUUUUUUUUUAUUCUUUGGGGUAAAGAGCAGUGGGGGGGGGGGGGCUUGGAGUAACUUAGUUAUAUAUCAAAAUGUAAUGAGACAGAAAACGAGUAGUUUUUCUGUGUUCGGAUUGUAAAAGGUUCAAACACCUGGUGUGUAGGGUAUGAACUACAAAUCAGAUGAUUGAACUCAUUCAAUCUCAUCACAGAAAUAUCUGAUCCUUCUGGUGAUCUUUUGUGAUGAAUUUAAAAGAUUCUUUUUGUUUUUAAGUCUUCUUUUUAAUUUAUUAGAAUGCCUUGUUUAUUGGAAUUAAAUAGAAUUACAAAGUGGAUUUUUUUUUUAAAUAAAACUUGCCCUAAAACUACUGUAAAAUUGUAAACUUUUAACUGUAUAGAAUAUUUCUUCCGUUGUCUGUAUUUCCUUUUUCAAAGAUAGAUAACACUAAUUUGUAAUUAAAAUUUUUGUGGAAAAAAAAAAGUCGCUUCUCCUACAAUAAUGGGAUUGUACUGUUAAUUACGGUAUUUUUACAUGAUUGUAAUAUGAUAAAGUAAAACAGGGUUGUAAAAACAAAACAAACUUAACACUUUUGGUCUUUAAAUGCUAGCGGCUGAUGUUGGAAAAUAAAAUGGUUGAUAUGAGCAGAAAAUCAGUACUAAGAUUGUUGAUAGAAGACAGUACAAUCGAUGGGUUUACCCAAAUAAUUAGAAAUAAGGGUUUAACCUUUUUUUGACACUAGAAGUUGUGGAAUGGGGAAAUGCUUUUAAUUUGUUUGGAAUGACUUUGUUUAAAAAAAAAAAAGCAUAGUUGUGAUAGAAAAUACUUAAAGCUUUAUGAGUCUGAAAUAUAUAUUUUUGAAGCUCUCAUGUUUUUAAUAAAUUGACUUUUACUUUGAGGCACUUUAGAUAUUUAAUUUCAUAAUUUUUAAGAUUUCCCCAGUGUAAUUUGUUGUUAUUGAAGUGUUUGGUGUAUCAUCUGUCAUCACAGACUUAAGUAGAGAUCAUGAAAAACUGUUAAUCACUUAACAGUACAGAAGACAUUCCUGUCAAAUAUAAAUAUAGUUAACUAAGGGUUGCACGGACAGCUUACCUAGGUGAGUGAUAUGUAGUGAUGGUGAAAAGUAUCUUAAUACAUUCUAAACUUCUUACUACUCAGUCAUCUAGGUAGGUCAUCUGUACAUUUCUUAGUUAACUGAGUAAAAGUAACAAAAAUGAUUGAUAUUUUUUAAAUGUACAAUAUUUGGAAAUGGAAUAAGUCUUAAAAAAAUCUUUAUACCUCGUGUAUACAAAGUUUUAACAAUGUUAACAGAUUAGUUGGGCUAACAGAUUUAUUUCAAUUUUUCUUUUGUAAAACAGAGUACAAAUACUGCCUCGUUAAUCGUUUCUGAUAUUAUUACUUCAAAAACACUAGUUGUGGGAGUAAAACUGAUUAUUGGUGUAUAGAUAUUAAUGUAUUUUUGGGGAUGGGGGGAAUGUUGACUGAUGUUACAUAUAAUUUUUUUUCUUUUUAAGUUAAUAUUAUUGAAAUUAUUAGUUAAAAGAAUACCCAGUGUACAUAAAUAAGAUGUGCAAAAAUAUGCUCCGAAAAUUGAUACAGAGUUUGUCAAAUAGAGUGCAUUGUGUUCCUCACAUGUGCAUCUGCAUACUUUUAAACUAUGCUCGUCUACAUUGUUAACCAAUGACAGUUGGGAAAGAACCCAGUAGUAACUCUCUUUCAUUCAUGGGUGAGUCCGAGUGUCACCACACAAGUAGUGUGUGGGGGGUUCAGCUUUUUUGUAAGGAAAGGUUACCCAACAGGAGCAUCACUUAGAUGGUUCUAAAAGAAUCCAGAUGUAAAAGGUAAGUAUAAAACCAGAAUAUACUGGUACUUCAUACAAAAAUGGAUACCAUCUUGGGAAUAGGCUGGGCUGAACCCCAUGUUUUACUGUCCUUGAUUUCUGUGAGGAAUCAUGUAGAAACUGUAAUCUGUCACCAAAAGAUGUAAAUACACUUUUCAUCGCCAGUAGAAAUACACCUGUGAUUAUGUGGCAGUCACAGCGUGCUCCUAGUCGCACAUUUGGAAAUUAUAACCACUUCGUUUGUCAUAAAACUACAGUAACAGUUUGAAGUGUUCCACUAACUGGAUAUUUUUACAUAUCUUGUAUAUGUACACUUUGAGUUUCUUCGAUCAAAGUCUGCUCAGUUGUAGUAUUUAUUAAUUUGAUUUAUGUCAACUUAGUAUGCUUUACAAGAGUCUGAAUUAUCUGAAUUAACAUUGUAUGAGCCCAUAAUUAAAUACUUCAGUUGUGGGUGUGGUAUGUAUGAAAAUAUUACAAUCCCUAAAUUUCAUUUUAUUUUAUGCUAUAAAGGUUUGAGAAAUUAUGCAAAACUGAUAUUUUAACACCUGUACCAUUUUCAGCAAAUUUAAUGUUGUUCAGGUAAUUCUCUCCCUUGUAAGUGUACCUAUUUAGGAUAAAUUGGGUUAACAAAUGUGAGAUUCCUAGGUUCCCCACCAUUUCUCACAGAAGACUUAACACGUUAAUGAUAAUCUUCAAGUUUCCCCCUCCAUGUUAUAUUGUUUAAAAAAAUGUGUGUUUGAGGUUACAUUCUUAUUCAGAUUAAUUUCAUUAUCACAAGUAUUAUUAAAGUACCAAUACUAAUUUCAUUAGCAAUUAUCACAAGUAUUAUUAAAGUACCAAUACUUUGGAAGAAUAUCGUUUAGUUAGUUUUUGACGUUUCAUCGUUCUUUUGAUAUUUACAUGAGACGUUUGAUUCAGUCUCACAAUGUGACCUUUAUUUGAAAGAUAAAAGAGUAUCAAUUGCAUUAGCAUUAUGUUUCGUACCUGAUUAAUAUCAGUAGAAUCUGUUUAUUUCUCUGGCUAGAUAAAAGUGUGUAAUAAUAAGUUAUGAAUGUGACUAAGGUUAUAUUCACAUUCUUUGAUUACUUUACAUAAAUCAACACGUCAGUUUGUGCUGUAAUAAACGAUUUGUUGUUCUGCUCUCAUCAAUGGUUGUUAAAUGUGUAUAUGUUUAAAAGACCAUUAAAUGUGUUUUAUUUCCUAAAA